UCGCUCGUUUCGGUGGUUUCGUUCAGUUUCGGUGGUUUCGUUUCGUUGUUUCGGGUUUUAGUACAUGCCGCUUCAAGUACACCACCAAGAUAAAGCAGCUGCUUAUUUUCCUUUCUGUUUAGUCACUUAACGUUCAUUAUCCUGAGGCAGAAAAACGGCGACCUUAGCAGGAAAAUGAAUGAAGAAGAGUUGAAUAAUCUCUUAAACGUUUUUACCAUCAAUAACGUUCAGAUACGUCGUGACAGAGAGCAGGAAGCUUUGAAUUCUUGGAAUCCGAUAGUGGAAGCCAUUCUUGUUUACGUGGGGCAGAGACACGAUUAUUUCGCUACUCUUCGAGUCCUUCAUUCUGGAAGCUACUAUGAGAGAACAAAAGUAGGAGAACCUGAUGAAUUUGAUCUGAUGCUGGUGAUGGAAAGUGCGGUAUUUUGCGAAUUGAAACUUCCUGGCUUAAGCAAACCGCCGAUAGGAUUUGCUAAAGGGGUAAUGAUGAAUGGGAGCGGGAGAAUGCUGUUUAAUACUUGCACUGCAACACAGGUCAAAGACAUUUUUACAACGCUUGUCAGGGAAGCAAUCACGGAUCUAGGAUAUGAAAGGAAUGUCAGUGUUCAGUCUCACGGUCCAGCAGUGACCCUCAAAAUAACCAAUGAAAACGGAAGAGUAUAUUCUGUUGACUUAACCCUUGCUAUCAAGCAUUGGUCCUGGCCAAAAGAUGCAGAGGAGUGGAGGAGAGAACAUCAAAAUGGUUGGCCUAAUCAAUCACUCAUCCAAGAGAUUUGCAGAGAUGGUUGUCAUCUGGUUGCAAAGCAGCCAAAGGGACAAAGCCUUCCUGAACAGGACAAAGCACUUCUGUGGGGAUAUUCCUUCUCAGCAGCCGAAAAGAAGCUGUUUCUUAAUGGUGGUAACAGUGAAGCAAAUUCUUGUCGGAAGCAGGUUUUGCGUAUUGUGAAGGCCCUGAGAGAGAAACUAAAUCUGGAACCGCUGAAUUCUUACCACCUAAAGACAAUCUUGCUCUAUGAGUGUGAGAAAUGCCCUCUUUCGUCCCAGUGGGGCAGUAUUCAUCUCAGUGAAAGGUUCUUAAGCCUUCUUGAAAGGCUUGAAAAUUGUUUGUUAUGGUCAAAUUGUCCUCAUUAUUUCAUCAGAAAUCUUAAUUUGUUUGAAGCAUUCACUGGCCAACAGUGCUUCGAUUUGGCGAGGAAGGUGAGAGAGAUUAGAUUGCAACCAACAAAAGUGUUUAGCCAUCUCAUGAUAGAGCAAUCACUCCAGCAAUCCAUUCAGCAAGCAAUAGAGCAAUCUCUGAUGCAAACCACGAAACAAGCCUUAAUGGAGCAGGUCUUACAGCUAACCCAGCUGGAACAGUUCACAUCCCUAGUACUGGAGCGAGCUGUAGGGCAGGGCAUAGAGCAAGCUAUGAGACACACCCAGUACCAAGUCCAGGAACAAACCCUGGUGCAAGUCUUGGGAGCCCUCAGACAAGUUCUGAGAGCCAUGCUGAAAGCUUUUGGAGUAGGCGUGGGGAAAGCUGUGAGGCAUGAGCUGCUACAGGAAUUCAAUCAAGGUCUGGAGCAACUUACCCUAACAGACUAUCAGGGGAAAGUUUUGAGGCAAGACUGGGAGCAAGCCUUUGUGCAAGGCCAGGAGCACGUUUUUGCACAAGCAAUGGGACAAGCCUUUGUUGAGGGCCUGGGACAAGUCUUGGGACUAAUCCUGGGAAUAGCACUGGAACAAUCCUUGGAUCAAUUAGCUCAAAUUUUUCAAUCAUUUACUUAUAUUUUUGUAAUGUCUUCAUUGAGUGCAAUGCAAUGAAUGCAAGUAACAGACUGAUUGCAUCACGUGACAAUAUAUCUUACAGAUAUUCUGGUACUCCAGGCUGAAAUACAAGUAAAAAUAAAAAGAUAAUAAAUAUGACCAUCUGAUGUAAUUCAAACCUAUCUCUUUUAUUAGGGCAGUCCCAGCGCAUCUCUGUCAUUCAGAUUAGAAGAACUGGAGGUCAUGGGGAUGAUAAUGAGAUGCACUUUUAAUUCAAAGCAUACCAAUGCAUGUACAGCAUAAGUUUGAUUGCAUCAUCUUGACUAACUUUUGUGCAGAGUUAAAAGAAUGCAAAAAAACAUGAUACGAGAGGCGAUGAAGCUUGUUGUCUAUGAUUACGUAUUAGGCGUGCUAGGCUUAGAGGAUGCUUAAUAGAUGUUUCAAGUACAGUAACAGUAACUUUAUUAUCAUAUAAUUCAAUAACAAAUCUUAGAAGCUCGCAACUAGCAAAGCUAUUCUGGGCAAGCUACGUUUACUUAAACAGUAUUAUAUAGUUUAGUUAAAAGAGAGAAUAAGACAAAAAACUGAAGGGAAGAAAUUUGAGUAGAUGAUUGAAAAUUAAACCAAAAUAUUAUACAUGACACAUGAUUAUUAAAUUAAGUAGGGAAACAUGGUUGACAUAAGACAGUAGAGCGAGAUAACAAUAAUAAAUGAGAACGAAAUGGGAAAAGAGGACCUCAUACUAAUACUAAUUAAACAGUGAGAGAUACUUAGAACUUUCAAUACAGCACAUAUCAACAUUUGUCUCCUCAUUUUCGAGAAUUUCCAAGAGUACUUUACCGUUACUCAAUUCUCGUUUGAAUGGUGUGUCUUAACUCACGGAGUUCUAUGGGGAUACCGUUCCAUAUUUUUACACCAAUUCUAUCGAGGGAAAAUAACUCAAAGCCGUCGUUUCCUUUCAACGUUUAGGGGAAUAUAAACGUUAACUUUGUUAUUUACAACAUUGCUUGUAAUUUGAGGGUAGGAGUAGGGUAAGCUUUAUUAUUGAUAUUCAGAUCCUUCAGCUUUUUCUUAGGAGACAAAUACGAAGAAAUCAUUAUUUUAUUAGUGCCUUUUUCUUAAAAAUAGUACAAUUAAAACGUCUUCUGGCUGAAAACGUUAAGUUAAAAUAAGCUUUUGGCUGUCAACCUACAGCCUUUCAUUGUUUUAAUAUGCCUUGAUAAGAAAGUUGAAUAGAGUUAACGGGAAGCUUUUUCAGCUAAUAGCAUUGUUCAAUUCAAAUCUGUUAAAACAAUGUUACCCUUUUGUAAAACCAUUAGCUUAAAUAGACAGUUUAACCUUGUGUACAGCAGCAACUUUUACCUAUAGUAAGAGCAAUAGCGAGUCUAUACAAUAACUGAUUUACUUAAGCAUAUUUUCAUUAGUAAUUGUUGACUGCAAGGCACUUAAGUAUUAGAAAUAUUUACGUAUCAAAACUGAUUCGAAUAUGAUUUGUUUAAAACAGCAUGUAUCAAUAAAAGUCCACUGAAACAAAAAAAAAUUCAGCCAUAACUGAAUUUGCACUUGGUUUACCCA